AUGGCCUUUGGGACUACGCCUCCCUCACAUGAAGAUAGCCCGCUGCAGGAGCUCGUCCGCAUGGUCACUCGCAUGUUCUACGAGCCCAAGCAUGUGGUUCUCGUUGAUUUGUUGACUCAGUCACAAAUCGAGUCAAGAACGGAACAAGAGAGCAUGGCUAAAAGCGGCGGAGUUGGCGAGAGGAAUAUUUCUCGCUACUAUUACUAUAUUGAUUACGCGCUUUUUGUAAACGUCGUCAAGUUAAAGCUUCACAAGAUACGUCAGAAAUUGGAAAAUUCGCUCCAGAUUCAAGAAGCGAACUAUUUUUGCUCGUCUUGUGACGGCAAAUGGAGCCUUUUGGAAACACAGAUGCUUUUCAACCCAGAAUCGGCGCUAUUUGUAUGUCCUCAUUGCAGCGUCGAAUUGGAGGCCAUCCUCAAUUCUUUAAAUACCACAUUGUCAAACGAUAGUUCGCUCUCAUCUCAGUAUCAUAAAUUUAUGGAGAUGCAAGCCCCCAUUGUAGCUCUUCUUAAAAGGGCAGAUAAGCUUGUAAUCAGUUCUGUUGAUGUGCAGGCCCUAAUCAAGCGAGCUAUAGUCAAUUCAAACGAAGAGGCUUCCAUAAAUACGACAGAUCUUGUCCAUGCCCCUGAUAGACCCUCCUCACCCCUUAUCCCCGUGGAAAAGGGGAAUCAGAAAGAAGAGCUAUCCAAUAGUAUUGAGGUCGACAUUGUCAAAUCUUCUUUUUCGUCUUUGUCAAGUUAUUUGAAACCAUAUUCAAAGGUGCAGGUACCGGUUCCUGUGCCGGGAUUUACUCCAGUUUCUGGGGAAAAGCAAGCAGACCGAUCUUUAGAAGAGUCUUCACCAUUUGUGGAGGAAAAUUUUUUUAUGGAGGUCCAGGGGCGGGAAAUUGCUAUCAAUGAAAUUUCAGAAGAAGAUCUUUCUUUGAUGACUCCUGAAGAGUAUGAGUUUUAUUACAAUGCCCUUCAAAAAAAGGCUUAG